CCUUCAGUGAUGAUCACAGUGUAAUCAGCUGUUUGAUUAAAUGUUUUUAAUUUAUUUUCAUCUAUAGACUUUUUUUUAUUAAAAAAUUAUAAACGAUUCUUUACAAUUAUUCUUUAAUUGUAUUAUAAGAUGAAGUUCCACUUGACAAAAUAGCCAUGGCCAAUUCUAUUUUUGAUGCACUAACAGGUGUUUGCCUGGAUAAUUCCACAGUACAAUCUUUAUUAGAAUCUCAAACUCUUAUUACUCAAGUUGAACAAUCAGUAAUCGAUCAAGAUGAAGAGGAUAUAUUUCAGUGUGGCAAGUGUAAAUGUCAAUUUACAUCAUUGCAAUUGUUUAUAUUACAUAAACAGGAACAUUUCAAAGUACAAGAGCAAUCGGUAGAUAUUAGUCAAUAUUUAGUAACAAACACUUCACAAAUUGUAUCAACGGAAGAACCAUGUUCCGAUGGAACGCAAUAUCAGGAGUCAUUUGAUCAAACAGAUCAACUUGAUGAACCAAUUAUUCUUGAGGGCAACGACAUGUUGUUCAGCAUGGAUCAAGAGGGCUCGAGUUAUUUACCAUCUGAUUCUGGAUUUAAUGUUCCAAUUAUUUUAAACACUGAGAGUAUAGAUUCAUUUGGAAAUCCAUCAGUUAAUUCAGAUACUGAGUCUAUAAGUGUGAAAGUGCAUAAUAUACAGUCAUUGGAAGAUAAAAAUUGUCAAAAUGAAGAUUUUACAACUUCAAAUAUUUAUCAUAAUUUUACAGAUGAAAUACACAUUAUUAAUCCAAAUGAUAAGGAGAAAAAACAUUCAUCUGAGCAAGAAAAUCAACCAACACAAAAUCUAAAGUACAAAUGCGAUUUUUGUGAAAAGCAAUUUUCCAAAAAAUUUUAUUGGCAACAACAUGAGCGUUCACACACCGGUGAAAAACCAUAUCAAUGUGUUGUUUGUGGUCGUUCCUUUGCACAGAAAUCUAAUGUUAAGAAACACAUGUCUUCGCACAAAGUGUGGCCUGGCACGGCUAUACAUUCCCUUCCACCUGAAGCUCCAACCGAUGGCAGUAUUGACAAGACUUAUCAUUGUCAAUUUUGUAAGGAGAUAUUCGAUUCGUACAAAGCAUUAAAGGCGCAUUUAAUAGUUUCACAUUUGACAUUGAAAGUAUACAAAUGUGUACAGCUUGGAUGUAGUUUAAUGUUUCAAGAAUUAGAUGAUUUUUUAGAACACACACGCAGCCAUAAACGUUCAGAAUAUCGAUGUCAUGUGUGCGGUAAAGUUUUUAAUACACUAUCUGAUUUGGGUAGUCAUCAAUAUAGUCACACCGUCCGUAAACAAAAAACAACAGAGAAAUAUUAUUGUUGUUCAAUUUGUAAAUCAUCAUUUUCCAAUUUGGAAUCAUUAAAUCAUCAUAUGGAAACAACAACGCACGAUUAUGCAUGUCCACAUUGUGGAAAGAGUUUUUAUGUUGAGAGAUUUUUGAGACGUCAUUUAAAAACACAUGCCGCGCAAUCACGUUUCAUUUGUGAAGACUGUGGAAAGGCUUUUAAGACUGAACAGUAUUUGACGAAUCAUAAACUUAUUCACAAUGAUGAAACACCUUAUAUUUGUUCGUAUUGUCCAUCGAAAUUUAAAAGGAAAGAUCGACUCCGUCGUCAUAUGUUAAUACAUGAUUUAACAAAAAGAUUAAAGUGUCCCUAUCGAAAUUACGUUGGCUGCAUGAGGGAAUUUUCUCGUCCUGAUAAAUUAAAAAGGCAUGUACUUACGCACAGCGAUAUUAAAACAUUUAGAUGUAAUCUUUGUGACAAAAAUUUUCAUAGGCCACAAGCACACAAACAUCAUGAACUUUAUAAACAUUGUUUAAAAUGUGAAGUCUGCUCAUUGGAAUUCAGAACGCCUGAACAACUUUUGAAUCACAGUUGUGAGCCAAUAAUUGAAGAAAAUUCAAAAAUUGCAACUAAAGGAAUUAAAAAUACAAAAACACGAAAAACAAUAUCUAAAAGAAAAUCAAAUUCUAAAAUUGCACACAAUAAAACUAAAAAUCAAAAGCUAGACGAAUUGGAAGAGAUCGAGGAUUGUGAUGAUAAUAUAAUGAAUAAUUUCGUGGAAAUUAAUGGUGAUGGUGAAAUAUUAAUAGACGAAUCUUCGUGUAAUUCAUUUGAAAAAGAAAUGGAAUUAACACCCGAAGAUUCAGAUUCCGAAUUUAUAGCUUAUUUAAAAAUGUCCGUGAGAGAGGAACUUGAUACAAAUAAUUCUCACGAUGAAAGCAAAUAGGAGACUUUUUCUUGAAAUUUAAGUAUAUAUAUAUAUAUAUAUAUAUUAUAUAUAUUUUUUUUAAUCAUUUAAUUUAAUUAAUUUGUAAAGAGUAGAAUUUUAAUUAAUUUUCUAAAGAAUAGAAUUCAAUUAAUUUGUAAAGUGUAGAGAUUUUCAUAAAUCUUUGUUAGUGUGUGCAAUGGGAUCAUUCGCUAAUUAUAUAAGUGCAAAUUUAUGCAUUUUAUAAUAGCAUACGGUACAUGUAGUUUACAUAUCUGUGAUAAUUGUAUUAUAAAAUAUUACAAAUGUAAGUAACUUAUAAUAUUAUUUCAGGCUUUUUUACUCAAAAAAAAAAAAGAA